UUAAAACUCAGUGAUAUGCAAUAGGUUUGAAUCUUGCGCGGUUAAUAUGAAUAAGAUUAGAAUAGCAUAUUCAAGUUAUAUGAUUAGCUAAUGAUCUUAGUUAUCUCAUUGCUACUGGGUUGGGGAAUGAAGUCUGACAAGAAAAAAACGAAAUGGCCGACCGAGAGCAACUCUUAAGUUUGAGUAGCUCAUAACUUGAACUUAGACGUAAAGUCGACAAGCUUUUGGAGACAUUUUGAAGAUUUGUUGCUCUUUAAAAAACUUUUUUCUUCGUUGUGGGAGCGGGUCUCUAGCUGAUGCACAAAGAAAAAUCACGGGUAAAUACAGGAACACCCAAGAAUGCUUAUACCGGAACUAUGCAAACAAUUUUACAACCUAGGAUGGGUUACUGGUACUGGUGGGGGAAUAAGUAUUAAACUAGACGACGAAAUAUAUAUUGCUCCUUCAGGGGUACAAAAAGAACGUAUUCAACCAGAUGAUCUGUUUAUUCAAAAUAUUGAUGGAGAUGACCUGCAAGAGCCAGCUGAUUAUAAAAGGUUGACGAAAAGUCAGUGCACUCCACUGUUUAUGUUGGCGUAUCGUGAAAAAAUGCAGGCGCAGUUAUUCACACUCACAGUCCAGCAGCAGUCUUGGCAACCCUUUUGUUUCCUGGAAGAGAAUUUAGAUGCACUCAUUUGGAAAUGAUCAAGGUGACCUCGGUCCAGUGUACGGUUUUCAGUGGCGCCACUUUGGGGCAAAAUACACGACUUGGAACGAUGACUAUUCCGGACAAGGAGUUGAUCAAUUGGUUGAGGUUAUAAAUCGCAUUCAAACAAAUCCAACGGACCGACGGAUUAUAAUGAGUGCUUGGAACCCGAUAGAUAUUCCACAGAUGGCUUUACCACCAUGUCACUGUUUGGCUCAGUUCUACGUAGCAGACGAAGAAUUGUCAUGUUUGUUGUAUCAACGAUCAGCCGACAUAGGUCUUGGUGUACCAUUCAACAUUGCAAGUUAUGCCUUACUGACGCACAUGAUAGCUCAUAUUACAGGAUUGAAGGCAGGUGAUUUUAUUCAUACCAUGGGUGACACUCAUGUAUAUCUAAAUCACGUCGGUCCUCUAAAGGAACAGUUGGAACGAACUCCUAGACAGUUUCCAACUCUACACUUCAAGCGUACAGUAAGUUCAAUUGAUGACUUCCAGUAUGAAGAUUUUGAAAUUCGUGAUUACGAUCCAUUCCCACCAAUUAAAAUGCAAAUGGCUGUUUAGCACUGUAGAGUGUUGACAUUGUCUGAAUAAAGUUGAAAAGUAAAUAAACAUGUUUAACAAAGUAAA